AAAACUACACUUGCUGCUGUUAAAUAUUGUAACCGCUUGAAAUAUGAUAUCAAAAUUGAAUUUUCAAACUCAAAAUUUGCAAAUUCAAAGGCUAGAAAAGUGAGCUGCUGUUAACUAUUUAAACCGCUUGAAAUAUGAUAUUCAAAUUGAGUUUUCAAACCUGUAAACCCUGUAUACAUAUUUUCUAUAAAAAGUGAGGUUAGUUUCUCCCAUCACCCUUGACAAAUAUUUUGUAUACGUAAACGAUGAUGAUAAUGAAGAUUGCUGGACACGUGCUGCGACGACACAGAACUUGGGGGAGUAUUAGGCUGGUCCAUCAACGACUCCUCGCCAGCUUUGACUUUGAUCACACGAUUCUCAAUGGCGAUUGCUAUGAGACAAUCGAAUCAUUUUUGGAUCCGCGUUACAAUCGCGACGAGUUGCACUCGCUGAAAGCGCAAUUCGGCUGGAUGACGUACAUCGAAUGCCUGCUAGGAAUACUGCAAGAGCAAGGAGUGCGGGUCGAGGAGAUAACGGAAAGUGUGCGAAAGUUGCGAACGAUGCCGGGCAUGGAAUGUUUGCUGCGACGACUGGAGAAGCGACCGGAAACGGAUCUGUGCAUUAUCAGCGAUGCGAAUAGUUAUUUUAUUCGACAGUGUCUCGAGGCGAAUGAUUUAAGUGAUAUUUUUCCCCCUUCACGCAUCUUUACGAACACAGCGAACGUGUUGGAAAAUGGGGAAUUGCAAUUGGCGCCGUAUGAGGAGCAAUCGCAUUGCGAUCGCUGUCCUGCCAACUUGUGCAAAGGCGGCAUAAUGGCUGCCCUGAUGCAGUGUGACCAGCCGCAGCAAAGUUACGAUCGCAUUGUUUACUGCGGCGACGGUUGCAACGAUUUGUGUCCCAUGCUCCAGUUGCGUCCGCAGGAUUUCGCUUGCAUUCGGCAUGGCGAGGAGCUGCACGAUCGAUUGUCCGUCCAUGGGGGGGAGAUUCAGGCUCAUGUGUUGAUCUGGCGGGAUGGCGAUGAUCUGCAGCAGCAACUAGAAAAAGCUGGCUGCUUUGAAUCCACUUUCACUUCAUCUUCAUUCUCAACAUCAUCUUCAUCCUCUUCGUUGUAGUUGCACACAGAGCAAUCAAAAUUUGUUGGUAAGGCAAAAUUAUUAAUGCUGCUUGUUUAUUUUCGACUUAUUCUGCGUAAAUAUAUAUAUGUAUAUAUAUAUACUAUAA